UCUUACUAUGAGUAAGUUUGUGAAAGGUACCUGUGUAAUUUUGUGUUUACGUCGAUGUUGAAGUUUCUACUUGAUUUUGAUUACGUUAUGACGUCGUCUUGAUGUAGAAGGAAUGUUUCGUCAUCAGAUUGUGACGUCACAAUGCCAUUCGUUCUUAGAAACAGGUUAUUGAUCAACAUGGGAUUGUUUCAGAGUUGUCUGGCUAGAAAUAACAAAGUCGGUGUCAUGAAGGAAGAGAGAGAAGUAUACGAUAAGGUAUGUCGUACAAUGGUAACAGUGGGGGUCACUGAAAAGAAAGGAGGGGUAGCAUUCGGUCUGACCUUUGUGUCGGAGGAAGCCCCAAAGAUGCCGCCUCGUAGACUGAUGGAACUCAAAAAAGAGGAUCCUGAGAAAUGGAGAGAAAAUCAAGGAAAGACUUUGGCAAGGAAACAGAUGCUGGCACAACAAAAGAGAGACGAGGCCCGCAUUCAGAAACAGAUUGAAAAAGCCCACAAAGAAAUGGAAAGGCUCGAAAAAUACGUCAACCUUGGUGCUGAUUAGAUGCCACUCUAACACUGUGUGAAAUUGUCAAAAAGCUAUGGAGUUUAAGUUUAAUUAUUGAACUUUACGUGCGUGGGACAUAAAACGUUUCUCGAAGACCGUUAAAUUUACACUUUCUUUGUCGUCAUGAAAAUUUUAUCAAUGUCACGAAGAAAUAAGUAAUAAAUUUGAA